ACAUUAUUGCAAAAUUGCAAAAGCUUUCUUCUGCAGUCUGCACCGUCAGAGACUUCACCUUCGACUCCAUUGUUCUUCACUGCCGCUGUGACUUCAGCUUUCUCCUUUUCCUUCUCACUCUGUUUGCUUCUUUCUUCCUCUUUGGGCAAAACCCAUUCGGCCAUACAAAAAAAUUCGACGGAAUCUCCUCAAUCAUCUUCCUCUGUCACCCACAUGGACAUGUUCCUCCAACUUCCGUCACCAGCGGCGUCGUCCCCACCGUAAUCACCGUCGGCCUUCCCCUCGUUCUGCCUCGGCUUCUUGCUUCGACCACCACAGCUCGAUCUCUAGUCUCUCUUCAUCACCAGCCUCAAGUUUUUUAGAAUUCGUAAAUUGAAGCUCUAAAUGGGGUCAUUGAAGAGGAAGUUUCCGGACAAUGAACCUGAUGAAACUCGCCCUUCCCAGAGGCAACAGGGAGAAUAUGCUUCAGAAUUAGUUGAUGAACCUGUGGCAUGUGUGCAUGAUGUUUCUUACCCAGAGGGUUUUGUUCUGUCUCCUCAGUCUACGGCUGCACAACAUUCUGAGCCUGCCAAGAAGUUCCCUUUCACUCUUGACCCUUUCCAAUCUGAAGCUAUCAGUUGCCUUGAAAAAGGCGAAUCUGUCAUGGUAUCUGCACAUACAUCUGCGGGAAAAACGGUAGUUGCAUUAUAUGCUAUUGCUAUGUCUAUUCGUAAUGGACAACGAGUGAUAUACACUUCACCUAUUAAGGCUCUAAGCAAUCAAAAGUAUAGAGAGUUUAAAGAGGAAUUUUCUGAUGUUGGUUUGAUGACUGGAGAUGUAACAAUUGAUCCCAAUGCUUCUUGCUUGGUGAUGACUACAGAAAUCUGGCGUAGCAUGCAGUACAAAGGAUCGGAGGUCACAAGGGAGGUGGCUUGGAUCAUUUUUGAUGAGGUACAUUACAUGCGUGAUCGUGAAAGAGGUGUGGUUUGGGAAGAGAGUAUUGUUAUGUCACCAAAGAAUUCCCGUUUUGUAUUUUUAUCUGCAACUGUGCCAAACGCGAAGGAGUUUGCUGAUUGGGUUGCCAAGGUGCACCUACAGCCUUGUCAUAUUGUUUAUACUGAUUACCGACCAACUCCUCUUCAGCAUUAUAUUUUUCCUUCUGGAGGUGAUGGGUUGUAUUUGGUUGUGGAUGACAAGGGAAAAUUUCGUGAGGACAGUUUCCAGAGAGCUUUAAAUGCCCUUGUUCCCAAUAAUGAGGGCAAUAAUAGAAAAGAAAAUGGCAAGUUGAAGGGCUUGGCCCUAGCUAGAGUGGGUGAAGAAAGUGACAUAUUCAAGAUGGUGAAAAUGAUCAUUCAGCGCCAGUAUGAUCCUGUUAUACUUUUUAGCUUUAGCAAACGAGAGUGCGAGCUUCUUGCAAUGCAGAUGGCAAAAAUGGACCUUAAUGGGGAUGAUGAAAAGGAAAACACAGAGAGAAUCUUCUGGAGUGCUAUGGAUAUGCUUUCAGAUGACGAUAAGAAGCUACCUCAGGUUUCAAACAUGCUGCCCUUGCUGAAACGUGGAAUAGGAGUACACCACUCUGGCUUGCUCCCAAUUUUGAAGGAAGUGAUUGAGAUAUUAUUCCAAGAAGGGCUAAUUAAGUGUUUGUUUGCCACAGAGACCUUUAGCAUUGGUUUGAACAUGCCUGCAAAAACGGUUGUUUUUACAAAUGUCCGAAAAUUUGAUGGGGACAAGUUUAGGUGGCUAUCCAGUGGUGAAUAUAUACAGAUGAGUGGUCGUGCUGGUCGACGAGGUAUUGAUGAACGGGGAAUAUGUAUCCUCAUGGUUGAUGAGAAGAUGGAACCUUCUACUGCUAAAAUGAUGCUUAAAGGUGCAGCUGACAGUUUAAACAGUGCCUUUCGAUUAAGCUACAACACAGUUUUAAAUCAGAUGCGAUGUGAGGAUGGUGACCCUGAAAAUUUGCUUCGCAAUUCUUUUUAUCAGUUCCAAGCUGACCGUGCCCUUCCUGAUCUUGAGAAACAAGUUAAGGGUCUUGAAGAAGAGAAGGAAUCAAUUAUGAUUGAAGAAGAGGACAAAUUGAAGGAUUACUACAAUCUGCUGGAGCAGCAUAGACUUCUGAACAGAGAGGUUCGUGACAUUGUAUUAUCUCCAAGGUACUGUUUACCCUUUUUACAGCCUGGCAGGCUCGUAUCUCUCCAGUGUAGUUCAAGUGAGGAGGAUCUUGCCCCGCCAUUUGUUGAGGACCAGGUGACUUGGGGUUUGGUCAUUAAUUUUGAAAGCAUCAAGAGUGUAUCUGGAGAUAGUGCAAGCAUAAAACCUGAAGAUGCAAAUUACACUGUUGAUGUUCUUACAAGAUGCAUGGCGAGAAAAGAAAAAUUUGGGAAAAAAAUUGUUAAGAUAGUCCCCAUAAAAGAGCUUGGAGAGCCUGUAGUUGUCUCAGUUCCUAUCUCUCAGGUAACAGAUGAAGCUGAAAUAUGUGUACUAUAUUUGCUGACUCCAUCUUGCAAUUCCGUUUACUAUCAACUGUUUGCAUUCUAGAAAAUUACGGCUCUGUUAACAGGGGAUAACACACAUAUAUAUGAAUUCCAACCACUACGCUAGUAAAGUAGAGUUCAGCAAUGAUCCUAAUCCUAGUUCCCAUACCCCACAGGUGGUUAUCAAUUUCCAUGGUCCCCAUUACCCAUCCAUGAAUUGAUUAUAAGUUACCUCAUCACACUGGAAGAAAAAGGCUUGCCUAGGCAUAAUUUUGGAGUGUGAGCUACAACAACAACAAAGCUUUAUCCCACUAGGUGAGAUAGGUUACAUGGAUUGCAUGACGCCAUUGUGUU